GCAAAAGUUUAUUUACGUUUUGUCGAGAGCUUCGACUUCUGAUUUUUCGCAAGACUACAUUGAGAAAUUAAAUUAUAGGAUAUUCUCAUUAAUUUAAGAUCGUUUUCGCCAUGUUCUCCAUCGUGGACUUUUACGGCAAGCAGGCCAACUACAGCUGCGGCUACUGCAAGCAGCCCAAAUCCUGCCAGUCCCACGGAAUGUGGGCCCACUCGCUGACGGUUCAGGACUACCAGGAUCUGAUCGAUCGGGGGUGGCGCCGGUCCGGGAGCUACUGCUACAAGCCGGAAAUGGACACGACCUGCUGUCCGUCGUACACGAUCAAGUGUGACGCGUUGGGCUUCCGGCUGAACAAGUCGCACAAAAAGAUUAUCAAGCGGGUCAACAAGUUCCUGCGGGAUGGCCUGAAGGGGGAAGGGGAUGUUGAGACGGGGCGGUUGAAUGAGGGGGAGGGUGGUGGCAGUGGUGGGGAUUUGGAGAUGGGAGAGGUGGCACGGAAUCCGCGGAAGGAAUUGGCCGUUGGCAAGUUGAACCUUGUUGGGAAGGUCGCGGAAGGGGAAGUGGCCACGGAAGGGUUGGGCGUGAAAGAGUCUGUUGUGAAGGCGGUGGGCAGUGAUUCAAAUCUGUCGGCCAAGUCGCAACCUACCAGCCAGGGCAGUCCACCGAAGAAGGCUAAAUUGUUGAGGAUUGAGCGCAAACGGGAGCGGUUAAUCCAGAAGGGCCUGUCGGCGGAGGAAAUCGCGAGCAGUAUGAAGGCGGCCAAGGGGAAGAAUGUGGAGAAGAGUUUGGAGGAUUUUCUGGAUGAGGCGCCUAAGGAGGGCGAAGAGGCGGCGCAUCGAUUGAAGCUCGUCACGAUUGCCACCGCCAGUGACGAGUUUCGGCGCACUUUGGACCGCUCGUUUGCGCUGUACAGCAAGUACCAGACGGCGGUGCACAACGAUCCGCCCGGUGCCAUCGGCGAGUACCAGGACUUUCUGGUCAAGUCACCGCUCAAGAUGCUGCCAGGUCAGAGCUCGCCCAGCUGCGGGCUCGGCUCGUACCAUCAGCAGUAUUGGCUGGACGAUCGUCUGAUUGCGGUCGGCGUGAUCGAUCUGCUGCCCAGCUGCGUCAGCUCGGUGUACUUCUUCUACGAUCCGGAGUUUCGCUUUCUGUCACUGGGCACGUACGGGUCGUUGAGAGAGCUCGCCUUCACGCGCAAACUCCAACAGCAGCUGGCAAGCAUUUCGAGCUACUACAUGGGCUUCUACAUCCACUCGUGUCCGAAGAUGCGCUACAAGAGCAACCUCAGCCCGUCGUUUCUGCUCUGCCCGGAGGUGUACAGCUGGCACCCGCUCGAUCAGCGCGUCAUCGGUCUGCUCGACCGGAGCAAGUACUGCCGGCUGAACGAGGAUCCGGCCGCAGAGGACGACAAUCGAACGCGGCCCAGUGACGUUCGGAACGUGCUGAUUCUGCACGGCAGUUCGUACCAGCGGUACUCGUCGUAUUUGAAGGAGAUCGGUUCGCCGGAGCUGGAGGAGAAUGUCAUCACGUAUGCGAAGCUGGUGGGCAAAGUUUGCUCCGGUAGGAUGUUGCUGUACGAAGGAUAGAAGUAGUCUUGCUUUGAAAUUGUACAGUUUGUAUUUUGGUUUUCACGUAUUGUUAUCUGUUUGUGAUUUACGCUUACUAUUCAAAUGAUUUGAUCUGAACCCUAGCUAAGCUUACCGCGUGGCCACUCAGAGCGGCCCGAUCACGGCAGGUUCCUCUUAUUUAUUAUCUUAAUAUUGCAAAUAAAAUUCGCUUCAACGUUAAUCUUA